UUCAACACUCGUGACUCAUCGCACCGAUACAUACCUUAUCGCGCAGUACUGGCCAUAGCGUUGACAACGGGUCAGUGGAGUACAGUGUGUGCGACAAUAGAGCGCAAUGCGUGCACAAUGGAUGCGUCGGGAAGAGACUCAGGAACCGGUCGUUCGCGCGGAAGGGGUGGAUAUCGUGGGGAACUCCACACUCGUCCCGCAGGGAUGGAUCGCUAUCACGGCAUUAUCGGCGAAGAGGUGCAGCUGUUGUCCAAUUACUUCCGACUCCAAACGCCGACCAAUGUUGUGAUCAACAACUUUCACGUGACGUUUGAGCCGUCGAUAGAGGCCACAGAUUUGCGGCGAAAGAUGAUAUACGGGAUCAAAGACCUGUUUGACGCGUCGUUCAUCUUCGACGGCAUGUCGAACAUCAAGUCGUUGACUGAGAACCGAGAGGAACGGAACCACGUGGUGAAGAAUCCGGCCGACGCCGACCAAAACGUGAACAUCCAGAUCCGUUGGACCGAAGAGGUGCCGUGGGGGGCGCAGGAGAUGAUGCGGAUGUACAACACAAAGGUGCGCACAUUCUUGCGCUACAUCGGGUACGUCCUGAUGGGCCGCAACCACUACGACGUGAAGAGCGGUCAGGAUUUGCCCGAAUUCAAGAUCCGACUGUUGCCGGGCGUUGUGACGGCCGUUGGCGAACACGACGCCGGCAUAAUGAUGGUCGUGGACUCGUCCACGAAGUUUGUUCGGGCGAACAAUGUGUUGCAAUUGUUAGGCGAAGCGCGCAAUAAGAACCCCUCGGGAUGGCUCGACGACGCCAAGAAGACCAUCUGCGGUCAGAUUGUGAUGACUCAAUACAACAAUCAGACCUAUCGAGUGGACGAUUUGGUGACCGACAAGAACCCCGAAACGGCCACAUUUGACAGGAAUGGCGUGUCUAUGAAUUUGCUGACCUAUUAUAAGCAACACCACAACAUCACUAUCAAAGUGAAGAAUCAGCCAUUGAUCGAGUGUCUGCCGAACCAACGCGACCGCCGAGCCGGCCGUACCUCUAAGUAUCUGUUGGUACCCGAGUUGUGCCAAAUGACUGGUCUCACCGAUCAAAUGAGAGCCGACUUUAAUUUGAUGAAAAAGAUUGGCGACGUUUCGCGACUCAAACCCUUAGAUCGCGCCAACAAUUUGAGAAACUUCAUCACAAGACUGACCACAAAUGAGAAGGUGAUCGAAGACAUGGCUCAAUGGGAUCUGCGCUUUGACAAGAACUUGGUUCAAGUGGCGGGCCGUGUGUUGCCGUGUGAGCGCAUAUACAUGAACGGCGAUACCGACAACUCGGCCGCACUCUUCAACCAACGGUCGGGCGAUUUUGGCAAAGAGAUCCGCUCUAAACGCCUGUACAAGUCGUGCACAAUCACCAAAUGGAUGAUAAUUCUGACUCAACGCGACCAGAACUGCCUCCAGGAGUUCAUGAACACAAUCACUCGAGUCGCGGGUCCGCUCGGCAUUCAACUGCUGAACCCGCGGACGGAAGUGUUGCAGAACGACCGGAUCGGCUCAUUCGUGGACGCGUGCAACAAACUGGCGCCGCCGUGUGAAAUGGCGGUCAUUAUUGUGCCUAAUAAUAACAAAGAGCGUUACGAUGCCAUCAAGAAAGUGAAUUACUGCGAGAAACCGAUGCCAUCGCAAGUGAUUGUGGCCAAGAAUUUGCUCAAUAAGCAGCGGUUGAUGUCUGUGUGCACCAAAAUAGUGAUCCAAAUGGCCACCAAACUCGGCGCCGAGCCCUGGACUCUGAAGAUACCGCCCAAGGAUCUGAUGGUCGUUGGAUACGACACUUAUCACGACUCGGCCAACAGAAAGCGCUCCGCCGGCGGCUUCGUUGUGAGUCUAAACCAACGGCUCAGCUCUUGGCACUCGCGGGUGACCUUCCAUGAGGACGACAACGAGAUGUCCAACAAUUUCGCUCAUAAUAUAAAGGAGGGAAUUAAGCGCUAUUUCGAUGUGAAUAAAUCGCUUCCCAACCGUAUUAUCAUCUAUCGGGACGGUGUCAGCGAAGGGCAGAUCAAUCACGUGUAUAACGUGGAGUUGAAGCAAGUGGUGGCUGCGCUAAAGCAGAUCAAACCCGUUGAUCCGCCGAAACUGUCGUUUGUGAUCGUAACCAAACGUAUUAACGCCCGAUUCUUCACCGCCGAGAGACCCGAUAAUCCCAUUCCCGGAACUAUUGUGGACAAGACUGUGACCCGUACUUCGAGAUACGACUUUUAUUUAAUCUCGCAGUCCGUCAGACAGGGAACCGUUGCGCCCACGAUGUACAACAUUAUUCACGACGAGUCCGGCUUCAAACCCGAACAUCACCAACAGUUGGCCUAUAAGUUGACUCAUCUGUACUACAAUUGGCAGGGAACAGUGCGAGUGCCGGCCCCGUGUCAAUACGCUCACAAAUUGGCUUUUCUUACUGGAAAUAGUCUUCAUCGAGAGCCGAGUGAUAUCCUCUGCGAUCUGUUGCCGAUCGGGUGGUCGCACGUCAUAGACCAGUGGCCAGUGUUUCGGGAGACCACUGUUAUGGUGGGCGCCCAUAGAUGUCGUGGGUAUGCUAUGGCCUGUGUUGGGGGCACUGGUAGGGAGUGGUUGUGCAGCACUGGUCCCAAACAAAGACCAGUUAUACAGUGCUCUCACUUUUUGGGCACUCAAUACAGGUCUAAAUAUUGGUUACUUGUGUUGAGUACUGAUCCCAAUCUGUUUGCGUCCAUCAGAUCACGAGCGGGUCGUUCCCGAGGCCGAGCCCGUGGCAGGCCCACAACCGUCGCAGAGCCGCCCCCUCUGUCCGAGGGAGGGAAUGGCGGCAACGGUGGCAACGGAGGAGGCAAUGGUGAUCAGGGCGGUUCGGUUAGGGGUCGGGCGGGCUAUAGAGGAGCGGCUCUCUUGCGUACAAUUCCAGCGCACGUGAAGGUGAAGAGCGGCGAAGGCGGCGCUCCCGUCAAAGUUGUGGCCAACUAUUUCCGACUCAAUACACCCAAAGAUGUGCUCAUAUAUGACUAUCACGUG